GAAUACUCGAGUGUUUUCCGCAGUCUCACAAUACCAACAAAAUCACACCCCAAAUCUCUCUCUCUCUCUCUCUCUCCACACAAGCGUUAGCAAAAUCUGCAGAAAAUCGCCAGCAGUUUGCAGCUUUCGAUCAUGAAAUUUGCUGCCAACUUCAGCUUAUAGCGAUACCUAUCUAUUUCAUCACAUGGUGAUUGCAGCACCUCACUUUAUUUCCAUGGGUCCUUCAUGGUGCCAUGUUUGUCAUUCUGAAGGCAUUGGUUGCUCUACAUCGUAUGGAGUCACUAGCAAUUGGAUGAGAUCUUCUACCGAGAUUCCAAGAACUUCUGAUAAUUCAGAAGCAAGAUUCAGAUACAAAAACCCGUUUCUUGGAGAUGCCCAAUUCAAUUGGUGGCCUAUUGGUCGUAAAAAUUGCUUGUUCAAAGUUUCUGUUGCUGCAGACUACCCAGAUUCAGUACCGGAAUCAUCUAGUUAUGUUGCGAAGAAUGGAUAUCAUCCACUUGAAGAACUAAAAAAUUGCAAAAGAGUUCGUGAAACUAAGCUGACUGGUGCAGAGAUAGCAAAGACAACUAUUGAGGCCAACACCAGCGCGUUGUUGAUUUUCCCUGGUACAAUACACUCUGAACCACAUGAGCACAUCUCAUGGGCAGAAUAUCCUUAUGUCAUUGACGAAGGCGGAGAUAUAUACUUCAAGGUCCCUGAUGAUGCAAACAUCAUGCAAGAUCCUGAAGCAAGUAACCCGGUGAAUGCUUUAUUUGGAAUGGAUAUUCCACUUUUUGAGAAUCAACUGUUAUCCGUUCCCGAGAGUCAUAUUUCUGAUAACUCUAUUGAUGAUAUUCCUUUCUUCGAUGAUUACUACGAGGAUGAGGUGUUGGGUGGCUUUAUAGAAUGGAGUACACCGAUCGAUACUGCCGGGGUCCAUCCCAUCUAUUUUGCCAAGUGUUUGACAAAGGCUGCUAAUAUGGAGUAUGCUAGAAGGAUGGACCAUCCCUCAAAUGGGGUUUCCGUUCUCGGAUGCCUCAGUCCAGCUUUCGUUGACGAAGAAUUAUAUCUACGAAGGCUCUUCAGUAUUGAAGAUGGCAAUAGCUAUGACCGUAACUGGAAAGACGAAGAAGUAAACUGCAGUGCCUCAAUUUUCUACCGAUUGGAGAUUAUGAGAAUAGAGUUGUUCUCCGUAUAUGGUGUCCAGUCGGCAAUAAGUUUGCAAGAUUUCAGAGAAGCUGAGCCAGAUAUUCUUGUACACUCGAUUCCUGAGAUCGUUGCACACUUCAGUGACAACACAAUGCACUGUAAUCUUGCUCUUAGAGCGCUAUGCAAAAAGAACGGAUUUCUUGUUGAGGAAGCAAAUAUAAUUGGUGUUGAUAGUCUUGGCAUGGAUGUUAGAGUUUUCACUGGGCAUGAAGUGCGAACUCAUCGUUUUCCCUUCAAGAUUCGGGUAAUUAAUCAGACGGGUUGGGUUAACGGGAAAACCACCAAAAAAUGGAAAAUUAAGGAACACCCUAUUAACCAUUUAUUUGUCCGGUAUGCGCAUGUGCAUAAAAGUAAUUUAUUAGGUAUGCACAUGUGCAUAAAAGGCACACGUACAUAGGAACUAGGAAACUUAUUCAAUUACUAUUAUGUACAUGUGCAUAGUGGAGAAAUGAAUGGUUAUUAGGGUGCUCCUUAUUUUUCCAUUUUUUUGUGCUUUUCCCAUGAAAAUCACACAUCAUAGAAAUGUGGUUACCUAUUUUGUGAAUUGAUCUUUAUGUUUUUCUUGGAAGGGUGUCCAAGGCUAUGCUUGGACUAAUCCCGGCAAAUUAUGACCUCAAGAAAUCAGCCGUGGUAAACUUAGUGACCACGAUUGUUGUGUAAGCCUGGAAUCAAACCCUGGGUAUAUGGGAUAUUCCACCGCAUCCCCCAGGAUUUCAACCACUACGCCACAACCCUUGUGGUUUUGAUCCUUGUGUUUUUUCAUACCAUGUAAACGGGACCCAUGGCUGAAAUGAAUCAGACCAUAGCAAAACCUAGA